UAUAUACGCACGCCCGAGCAUUUGCGCGUUCACACACUCGGCUGCGUUAACUGGCGCAGUGCGCAUAGUUAUUUCACAAACGGACAUUAAUGGCAAACAUCACCGUUUUAUACACUUUUGUGCAUUUUUUGUGCAUAUCUGCGGCCUCGGCAAGAAUACCAAGUGGCCACUGUCCAAAUUAGAACACCGAACACCGAACACCAUCACCUUAACUCAUUCUAUCCAGGACUUUCAGGAGACCACCGGAAGUGAAGUAAAUCGAGUUUUUAUCGCCACCAUUACUAACGACAUCAACACCACCACUACCGUCACCAUCGCUAUUAUUAAUUAUUAUUAUUAUUAGUGUUCGUACAAUUGUUAUAAUUGCCGGGAUUUUAAUUCCUGCUCUUUGAGGGAGUACGAAAGGACAAGCUGGCGGGAAUUACGAGCAAAUGAAACGACUCCAAACGAUAUUCGACUCUCGGAUCGCUCUAACUCUGUUUUUGGAGUUAAGAAUGUCUUGAAACCAGUUAUCGACGUAAGUUGAGUUUACUGGAAACAUCUGAGAAGACAAUCUGCCAAAGAACUAUAAUCGUUUGGAACAACAUGAUUCUUCGUAAAAGCACCAAGAUCCUCUUUAUGGUCAUGAUAUGCUCCUACAGCUACAUUCUCUUCUAUAUUAACAAAAUUAUUCAGAAACAUCCGACCAACCUAUCAAUAUUCCAACACUAUUUCAACAACAGAUACUUUCACCAAAGCGAUGAACUGCAGAAGCAAAUAACUUUAAAGCUGUCAACUUCGUGUAAAGAAAAACAAAAUUUGGUAUUUAUAAAAUGUAUGAAAUGUGCGACCGAAACAAUGGCUACUGUGAUACGACGAUUUGGUUACACAAGAAAUUUAUCGUUUGUACUUCCGGUUGGCACCCAUAUUUAUCUUGGUUGGCCAUACCUGAUGGAAAAAAUAGACUAUCGGCCACCUUCCUGCAAGAACUGUAGUACUGCCUACAACAUCCUGAUGGAACAUUCAAUUUACAACCGUUCUAUUAUGCGAUCUCUAAUGCCUAAAGACACUGUAUACAUCACCAGUAUCCGAGAACCGUAUGAUCGCUUCUUAUCAACCUUCCAUUAUUUUAAAAUAAAAGAUUACGUGGUUUUAAACGAGACUGAUUAUGUUUCUCAAUAUUUGAACGACUAUCACAAGUAUGAAGCGAUUUAUAAAAGUAAAACCUUUUCUGAACAUUAUUGCAUUCCCCGAAAUUUUUCGCUUACAGAGAAUCUCAUGGCCCACUGCUUGGGCGUACCUCUCGGAUUUCCCGCGGGCAGGAAAUCGAUUGCGUCUUAUUCAACCGAAGAAAUCACGCGUUACUUGCAAGAUCUUGACAACGAAUUUUCCCUUGUAAUGAUCGUCGAAUAUUUCUAUGAGUCUCUUAUUUUGCUACGACGUUUAAUGUGCUGGAAAACGAAAGACAUUAUUUUUCGCAAAGUCAAUAUAGGUGGCUACCGUAAAACCGACGUUUCGAACAACAGACAAACAGAACAAAACCGACAGCUAUAUAAGUCUUACAGUCGGAUAGAUUACAUUUUAUACGACCAUUUUAAACGAGCUUUGUUGGAAAAAAUUAAACAACAAACGCCGGAUUUUUUCGAUGAAGUAAAUCACUUCAGAAAAGUCCAGGCUGAAGUGACUGAAUUUUGUGAUAAUUUUUAUCAGAAUAAAUCGACGAAAAAAUGUAUUUCUGUAAAUCAAACUUCCUGGGACAAUGCUUUUAAUUAUACUGGUGAGGACUGUAAAUUAAUGUAUACUAAUCUAUUGACGGCUAUGCAAAACCGUUACGAUAGCGUAAUGGGUAAAUUAACGGUUUUACCACAAAGCACUGAUCGAAGAACCUGUUGAUAUGCAGUUUUAUUGAGAGAAAUCAAUAGUUAUUUGAUGUUAUUAUGUUCACAUCGAAGCAAAUAAUAUCAUUUACGAAAACUAUCAAGUAGGAAUAUUGAAAAAAAAGAACAA